UUGGGUGAAUUAAAGCUUUGGUUUUCCUCAAAGGGUGUUCUAGCUCUAGAAUAGAGAUUUUGGUGUGGGAUCACUUGAAGUAGAUCGAUGCUACUGAGAAUGAAAAGCAUCGAGCCAAGCAUAGCAAAUCCCCGCUCCAUUUAGGUGAUUCCGCAAAGCAAACCGCCCAUAUGCGCGGCGGCUGCUGUAAAGACCACCACACAUAAACCCUAAACCUUGCCCACAAAUUAGGGUUCUUCGUUGGGAAGAGAGAGAAUGCAGGUCGGUUUCAGGGUUGGAGUGGAAUGCUUGAUACGAAAUCCGCAGCUAGGAGCUCAGAUUUUUCCCCGGCAGGGCCUUAAGGAACGAAGAACCAGAGUAAUUUGCAGCGUUUCUUCUGGAACUGGAAGCGAUUUUGCUGAAUAUAAGUCGAAUGAGGAGGAAGAAGCGCCGGUGAGGCAGAGAUUGGAGAAUUUCCGAGACGCGUUUUGGAGGUUCUUGCGUCCUCACACUGUUCGUGGAACCAUCAUUGGAAGCACAUCUUUGGUAGCAAGAGCUCUUUUGGAGAACGCCGACUGCAUCAAUUGGUUCCUCGUUCCAAAGGCUCUCAGGGGUCUUCUAGCACUCAUCUGUGGAAAUGGCUACAUUGUGGGAAUCAACCAGAUCUACGACGUUGGCAUUGACAAAGUGAACAAGCCUUUCCUGCCUAUAGCAGCGGGAGAUCUCUCCGUGUCCACUGCGUGGGCUCUGGUACUGUCUCUCGCUGUGCUCGGCACUGGAAUAGUUGCUACAAACUUUGGCCGGCUCAUCACGUCGCUCUACGUCCUUGGCUUGGUUCUGGGAGCCAUGUACUCGGUGCCUCCAUUGAGGCUCAAGAGAUUUGCCGUUCCAGCCUUUCUGAUAAUUGCUACGGUUCGUGGAUUUCUCUUGAAUUUUGGUGUAUACUAUGCAACGAGAGCUUCUCUCGGCCUUCCUUUUGUUUGGAGUCCCCAUGUCAUCUUUAUCACGGCCUUUGUGACUUUGUUCGCGACUGUGAUAGCAAUCACCAAGGAUCUUCCUGACGUUGAGGGUGAUCUGAAAUUCAAGAUCUCUACCUUUGCAACAAAGCUCGGCGUACGCAAUAUAUCCUUGCUGGGAGCAGGACUUCUGCUAACAAAUUACAUUGGUGCAAUUGUUGCUGCUUUUCGUUUUCCACAGGUUUUUAAUACGGGUCCUAUGGCUAUCACUCACGGGAUACUGGGGGUUUGUUUGCUCUACCAGCUAUGGCUGCUGGAGUCUGCCAAGUACUCGAAGGAAGCCAUCUCUACAUUCUAUAGAUUCAUCUGGAAUCUAUUCUACGCAGAGUAUUUAGUCUUCCCAGCCAUCUAGAGCUUACUCUUCAUACCACCUGCUGAGAUUUUUAGCGCCUUCACCUGUGCCGACAUUGCUAAAGUAUUUUUUCCGAUACUCACUCA